GCACCUCCGAAGUGCCACGAGAAGAAGGUGGUGAACUCCAAUUCUGACAAGUUCUUGGCUUGCCCGAAGGAGUGCCCCGUCUACGCCGAUGACCGCGGUGACGACACCGACUGCAACUUCGAGUGCGUGGAGGCGACCCCCAAGGCAUGCACCGCUGUCAACAAGUUCGAGCCUAUCCCAGAUCCGAAGAUGGGCAUCUGCCGUGCCUGCAUCAUCUACGGCUGCGCAGAGUGCAUGACCGACGGCACAGACACUUGCGCGCGCUGCGAGAGCGGGUUUUCCCUCAAUGCCAAGGGCACCUGCGACAACAAGAACCGCUACUACUGGUAUGCUCUUUUCGCAGUGCUGGGCCUUGUUGCGCUUUUCAUCGUGGCCUG